AUGGUGGAAGAGGAUGAAACGGCUGGUAAAACACCAGAAGAAUGUCGAGAUCUUGGAUUAUGGGAAGUGGAUCUGGUCUAUUAUAGUCUCAACGGGAACAAUAAGGGAGAUUCCACGAAAAAUAAACGUGGAAAAGCGUACAAAGCACGAAGUGAUAGUGAAUACAAAUGUUUCGAAGCACAUGACGGUGUGCUUUAUCGGCCCGGCGAUCAUGUUUUCAUCGAAGUGUCACAGUGUGAUCCUUAUUAUAUUGGCACAAUUUCAAACUUUAAAAUGACAAAACGAGAUCAACUGUCAGUAAAAGUUACACGAUUCUACAGACCAGAGGAUGUUCCUGAGGAUAGUUACUCACUGUUACUUCAAGAUCGACAGGAUGAUACAUCGCUCAAUCAUGCUGUCAUGGCUGCUAUGCAAACUCGAGAAUUAUUCUCUUCCGAAAUUUCAUCCGUCCAUCCUAUUUGUCACCUCAGGAAUAAAGUAGAAGAAUUAUUAUUGAUCCCAUAA